AUGGUGGCACGUAAAUCACUUGGUAGAGGUUUGUUGAAUCUCAAAUAUUUCUCAGAGGCAUCUGUAGCAGGGGAAAGGAUUAUCAAAGUUAUUAAAAGAGUUCCCAAUAUUGAUUCAGAUAACAAGGAUGGUCAAAUUUUACAUAAAGUAAAAGGAGAAGUCGAAUUUAAGCAUGUGAAAUUCAUGUACCCGUCUAGACCUGAAACCUCAAUCUGUGAUGAUUUUUGUUUGAAAAUCCCAAGUGGGAAAACUGUGGCUUUGGUGGGCGGAAGCGUAUCGGGAAAAUCAACCGUGAUAUCUCUUCUUCAAAGGUUUUAUGAUCCAAUCGCGGUAGAUAUUCUUAUUGAUGGUGUGUCCAUUUGUAAAUUACAAGUGAAAUGGUUGAGAUCACAAAUGGGUCUUGUUAGCCAAGGGCCAGCACUCUUUGCCACAUCAAUACAAGAGAACAUACUUUUUGGUAAGGAGGACGCAUCCAUGGAUGAAGUAGUGGAAGCUGCCAAGAAGGAGAAGUGUCGGUGA